AUGUUGCUCGCCUCGUUGCUUUCCCUGCUCGUCCUGCAGGUCUUUGGCGCGGCUGCGGCCGAUGCUGCUCCCGCCGACGACGAUGACGGCACCCCCCCCCGCCAGCCUAGGCUCGCGGCCAGCGUCAAGACCACCUUCCCCGACGGCGACGUCCUCGGCGUCCGCCUCGUCAACGGCCGCCCGACAAAGGCCCUCGUCGAAAUCACCAACAAGGAGGACGGCCCCGUCGAGCUCGCCUUCCUGGCCGGCCUCCUCGCCACCACCAAGCAGCUGCCCAAGGACGCCCCCGCGUACCAGUCCAUCAUCCGCAACUUGACCGCCGUCAAGUACAACCACGAGAUCGAGGCCGGCGAGACCAAGGCCUUCCCCUUCUCCUUCGCCCUGGACAUGCAGCCGCAGGAGGUGAAGCUGCAGAUCGCCGCUGUGUUUGCCAAGGACGGCAAGAUGCACCAGCUCAAGGCUCACGACGGCGUGGCAUCCAUUGUCGAGCCUCCUACCAGCUUCCUCGACCCUCAGAUCAUCUUCCUGUACCUGGUUCUGUCUGCUGCCUUUGUCGGCACCCUCUACUUCGUCUACAAGACCUGGAUCGAGGCUCUCUUCCCCCAGGCUAAGCGCUCCUCCAAGACGUCGGGCGGAAGAAAGACCAAGGCCGUCGAUGCCGACGCCUCCCUCUCUGGCUCCGAGUCCGUCGGUGUUUCCACCGGCGCCAAGACCUACGACGAGAGCUGGAUCCCCGAACACCACAUCAACCGACCGGUUGCGAAGCGCCUCAAGUCCAACCCCAAGAAGAAGGGCGCCGAGUAG